AUGCGCACAUCCGCUGCUUCGCGCGGCGCGCGCAGCACGGCGGAGAAGAGCGGCGUGCCGUGGCGCAAGAUAGUGGAGGAGCUGCAGCAGUCGCCGGAGCUGGUGGCGGAGAAGGAGGCGCUGGAGAAUAAGGACAUCGCCUACCCCGAAUACUACGUGAAGCCCUUCCACGCGUACGACCAAGGCAAUCUCUGCUGGCAGGCGGCGUACGAGGUGGAGGCGGCGACGCUGUCCAUGUGCCGGCGCGCCAUCCCGUGGGCGGACUCCGCGGAGGAGGCUGCGCGCAUCCUGCGCCUGGGGUGGCUGGACACCAUUCAGGCGCACCACACGGCGCACGCGGGGGGCGCGCCCGUGCAGGCCGUGCUGGACGUGGGGUGCAGCGCUGGCGUCAGCACGCGGUGGCUCGCCUCGUACUUCCCCGAGGCGGACGUUACCGGCCUGGACGCAUCUGCAUACUUCCUCGCGGUGGCAUCGCUGCGUGCGAAGCAGCAGCAGCAGCAGGACGCGGCAGUGCAGCUGCAGGGGGGCAACCCCGCCAAGCCCAUCCGCUGGGUGCACGCCCUUGGGGAGGACACGCACAUGCCCUCCGCCUCCUUUGACCUCGUCUCCUUCGCCUUUGUUUUCCACGAGUGUCCACCGGAUGCCAUCAGGGUCCUGCUGACAGAGGCCAAGCGGCUGCUCAAACCGGGCGGCACGGUCGCCUUCACCGACAACUCGCCAAAGUCGAAAAUCAUUCAGAACCUGCCGACGCCAGUGGCAGCGCUGAUGAAGUCAACAGAGCCGCAUUCAGAUGCCUACUACCUGUGCAACGUGGAGGGCAUGAUGAAGGAUCUGGGCUUCACACAUGUCACCACUGUGCUCUCGGACCCGCGCCACCGCACACCCGCGCGGGAACCUCUCGCCACCCCGCGCGCGCUCUUCUCGCCUUCCGCGCGGUAUCCCAUCGCAUCCCAGCGCGCGCUCCUCUUACCGCCCCGCUCGGCCUCCUCUCACCAUCCCGCGCGUGCUCCUCUCGCCUCCCCUCGCGUGCUCCUCUCGCCUUCAAUGCUCGCGAAUCUCUUGCCUCCCCGCGCGGCCGCCUCUCGCCUCCCCGCGCAGCCUCCUCCCGCCAUCCCUCGCGCGCCCCUCUCGCCUCCCCGCGCGUGCUCCUCUCUUCUCACCUACUCGUUCUCCUCUCGCCUCCCCUCGCGCGCCCCUCAAGCCUCCCUGCGCGUGCUCCUCUCUCCUCACCUACUCGUUCUCCUCUCGCCUCCCCUCGCGCGCCCCUCAAGCCCCCCCGCGCGUGCUCCUCUCUCCUCACCUACUCGUUCUCCUCUCGCCUCCCCUCGCGCGCCCCUCAAGCCUCCCCGCGCGUGCUCCUCUCUCCUCACCUACUCGUUCUCCUCUCUCUUCACCUUGCAUGCCUCCCACGCCUCCCCGCGCGUGCUCCUCACUCCUCACCCUGCGUGCUCCUCUCGCCUCCCCGCGCGUGCCCCUCUCUCCUCACCUCCAAUGCUCUUCGAUCGCCAACCUUGCGCGUGCCCCUCUCUCCUCACCCUGCGUGGGCUCCCCUCUCCUCACCUUGCGUGCUCCCCUCUCCUCACCUUGCGUGCUCCCUCUCCUCACCUUGCGUGCUCCCCUCUCCUCACCUUGCGUGCUCCCCUCUCCUCACCUUGCGUGCUCCCCUCUCCUCACCUUGCGUGCUCCCUCUCCUCACCUUGCGUGCUCCCCUCUCCUCACCUUGCGUGCUCCCUCUCCUCACCUUGCGUGCUCCCCUCUCCUCACCUUGCGUGCUCCCCUCUCCUCACCUUGCGUGCUCCCUCUCCUCACCUUGCGUGCUCCCCUCUCCUCACCUUGCGUGCUCCCCUCUCCUCACCUUGCGUGCUCCCCUCUCCUCACCUUGCGUGCUCCCUCUCCUCACCUUGCGUGCUCCCCUCUCCUCACCUUGCGUGCUCCCUCUCCUCACCUUGCGUGCUCCCCUCUCCUCACCUUGCGUGCUCCCCUCUCCUCACCUUGCGUGCUCCCCUCUCCUCACCUUGCGUGCUCCCCUCUCCUCACCUUGCGUGCUCCCCUCUCCUCACCUUGCGUGCUCCCCUCUCCUCACCUUGCGUGCUCCCUCUCCUCACCUUGCGUGCUCCCCUCUCCUCACCUUGCGUGCUCCCUCUCCUCACCUUGCGUGCUCCCCUCUCCUCACCCUGCGUGGGCUCCCCUCUCCUCACCUUGCGUGCUCCCCUCUCCUCACCUUGCGUGCUCCCUCUCCUCACCUUGCGUGCUCCCCUCUCCUCACCUUGCGUGCUCCCCUCUCCUCACCUUGCGUGCUCCCUCUCCUCACCUUGCGUGCUCCCUCUCCUCACCUUGCGUGCUCCCCUCCCCUCACCUUGCGUGCUCCCCUCUCCUCACCUUGCGUGCUCCCUCUCCUCACCUUGCGUGCUCCCCUCUCCUCACCUUGCGUGCUCCCCUCUCCUCACCUUGCGUGCUCCCCUCUCCUCACCUUGCGUGCUCCCUCUCCUCACCUUGCGUGCUCCCCUCUCCUCACCUUGCGUGCUCCCCUCUCCUCACCUUGCGUGCUCCCCUCUCCUCACCUUGCAUGCUCCCCUCUCCUCACCUUGCGUGCUCCCCUCUCCUCACCUUGCGUGCUCCCUCUCCUCACCUUGCGUGCUCCCCUCUCCUCACCUUGCGUGCUCCCCUGUCCUCACCUUGCGUGCUCCCCUCUCCUCACCUUGCGUGCUCCCCUCUCCUCACCUUGCGUGCUCCCUCUCCUCACCUUGCGUGCACCCCUCUCCUCACCUUGCGUGCUCCCCUCUCCUCACCUUGCAUGCUCCCCUCUCCUCACCUUGCGUGCUCCCCUCUCCUCACCUUGCGUGCUCCCUUCUCCUCACCUUGCGUUCUCCCCUCUCCUCACCUUGCGUGCUCCCCUCUCCUCACCUUGCGUGCUCCCCUCUCCUCACCUUGCGUGCUCCUCUAUCCUCACCUUGCGUGCUCCUCUAUCCUCACCUUGCGUGCUCCUCUAUCCUCACCUUGCGUGCUCCUCUCUCCUCACCUUGA